GACGGAAACUUGGUUGAAAAAAAUUUCCGGUUUGUUUGGUAAUCGAGGCAUUUAUAUUGAUGCACGGUGUCAAAACAGUGUAUAUGUGAUGUAGUAAUCAAUCCGUAUUCAUCCGUGCAGCAUUUGACAAUCGAUUUUAGAUUUUGAAUACGUUGACAGUGGAUGUGAUAUGGACGCGAUCAAGAUCGUACGAGUUAUUAUUUUCCUGGUUUCAGGGCAUAAUGUUUCUUCAUUGACUCUACAAACAGAAGACGUUAUCGUAAUAUUACAUAACGACAGCCGUAUCAUUCUUAACUGUACGGCUCAUAAGGAUGACAAUGAAGAAGUUUUUAAAAGUGAAAUCAAAUGGCAAAAACAAUCAGGGGAUGGAUUCAAAGAUAUUGCAACAUUCUUCCCAGAUGGAUACCCGAGAGAUUUUAUUGUAAAAGACAUGCAACCUGUUUACAAUAACAGAACAGAGCUCAUCGCACCAAACAACUCUAUUGCUGCUGUAAUGAUAAUAAAGGAUCCUAUCUGUAGUGAUGAAGGGACAUACCAAUGUUGGAUUGAUUACUAUUCAGAUAGUGAAAAAAAAUCUGAAAACAUUCGUUCCUUUGUUGAAUUUAAUGCAAAAGCUAAAGAGCCAGACGAGAUUUUUGCGUAUCCAAACGAUCUCAAAGAGAACGAGAACAUAAGUUUGACUUGUAGAGCUGAUGUCGGAAGUCCGAGGGGAUAUAUAAACAUUUGGAAAUUUUUAAAGAAUUCCCUUGACCCUGUGCUGAUAUACACAUCCAAUUCUAUAAACAAUAAAACAGAGAAUUGUACAGAGUACAUUAAUAUCACCACCACUCACACUGUGAUCAGGGACGAUAACGGUGCUUCAUUCCGAUGUUCAUCACAAAAUAACGUUACCCAAGGACCAGGGCCGAGUAAAAUUUCGCAGAAAAUUUCGGUAUUAUAUGGGCCUGACGAGACUACCAUCUCUCUGACACCUAACAAGUCCAUGUACACUGUCGGGGACCGUCUCACAAUUCAGUGUAAAACUGACAGUAACCCGCCAUCUACUAUCAAUUUGUACUUUCGGCCCAACGGUACAUCCGUUGAAAGACCUAUGGGGCUCACUGAGAACAAGCUAGAGUUUGACAGCCUUCAAGUUACGGAUUCUGGUACCUAUAUCUGCACGGCUGUCAAUAAAGUCGGAUCAAAUUCACCAAAUGCAACCACUCGUGUUUCUGUCUUUGUGAAAAGAUACUAUGGAUGCAGUCAGUGUAGGUAUAUCGAGAUAUGCCAACAGAAUUAUGAGAAGAUAGAGUGUAUUCCCAAUAAAUGGGUACCCACUGCAGUGGUCUUUAUGACACUAAGUGUAGCAUUCGCCGUCUCAUCAAUCGUUUUGUUCAAAACUAGAAAAAAAACACAAGAAAACAUAACAUCCAAACAUAUGAACAAUACAAGGUCCCAUCCAUAUGAUGCACCAGAAGACAAUGGUGGAGGAUAUGCGUCACCUUCAGAUUUUAACAGAACACAAGAAGCUGGGUGUUCUUCAUCGGAAAACAUUUGUGAUGCAUACUCCCAGUCUAAAGAUUUUAUCAAAAAGCAAGAACAUUCUUUGCUGUUAACACACCACAAUGAACCCGGUGGAUACACAACAACUCAGGAGAUGGUACAAUAUGCCGCGGUUCAGAAAAAGCCAACAAAAGAUCAAGUGUCAGAUGAAAACGUAUAUGACAGUGCUUGGAAUUCAGACCAUGUUUUCUUCAAAUUAAGACCAGAAUCCCAGGGGCCACAUCGCUCCCCUGAGCAACAAUAGCCAAUAAGAGCUGUAGACCAUCUUUAGAGUAUCAAAUACAAAAUAUCUAAACAACUUAGAAGAUUUUAUAUCUUGAGCUCCUUUUGUUGUUUCAGCUUUAGAGAGUAAGAUUUUUAAAGAUUUUUUUUCUAUUAAUUCAUUUCCAUUGUGGCCCAACCUCAUCCCUGUGGAUCAUUAUUUGAACAAAUUUAAAUUUACACUACCUGAUGAUGCUUCACCACAAGUUUUAACUUUCUGGCCAAUUUGUUUCUCAAGAAGAUUUUUAAAGAUUUUCUCUACAUAAAUCUUGUAAAUAUUUCACACACACACCCCUUCCGUUGUGGCCCCACUCUAUCCCCGGAGAUAAUAAUUUGAUUAACUUGAAUAUACUUUACCUGAGGAUACUUCCACUCAAGUUUCAUCUUUUCUGGCCAAAUGAUUUUAGCGAAGAGUUUUGAAAAAUACCAAU